ACCAUGGUCGGACGGAACUGUCAAGUCUGAAGUAGAUUGAACAACAAGCUGUUGUUUUUAUAAAGUACCACAACUCCCAUGAGCGCAUGGGCGUGCUUUGGAGAUCAUAUAAAGAAUCUCAUUCAUAAACUUCAGUGAAAGAUUAAACCUUGUCAACUAUACCGAUGACCAGCGAGGGAACGCAGCUUCGGAGGCGAGGGGGGCCACACAAGACGGAGCCAGCCACAGACCUGAGCCGCUGGAGGCUAACUAAUGUUGAGGGCAGGCAGACCUGGCACUAUGUGGAAGAUCAGGACACCCCAGACAGAGAGCAGACCAUGCUGGAAGCCCACUCACUGGGCUUGGGCACGGAAAAGUUUGUGUCUGGCUCCCCAGCUGCCCACACAGCUGUGGAUGCUGCUCUGAAGGGUAUGCACUUUUACAGUCACCUCCAGGCCAAGGACGGGCACUGGGCUGGGGAUUACGGUGGACCUCUGUUCCUUCUACCAGGUCUCCUGAUCACAUGCCAUGUGGCCAAGAUCCCUCUGGCCGAGGCCUGGAAAAGGGAGAUGGUGAGGUACCUGCGCUCCGUUCAGCUGCCGGAUGGAGGCUGGGGUCUACAUAUAGAAGAUAAAUCGACUGUCUUUGGCACAGCACUGAAUUACACCUCAUUAAGGAUCCUGGGAUUAGGGCCUGAUGAUCCGGAUAUGGUUCGAGCCAGGAACAACCUGUACAGCAAAGGCGGUGCAGUGGGGAUUCCUUCGUGGGGAAAGUUCUGGUUGGCCAUUUUAAAUGUCUACAGCUGGGAGGGAAUGAACACACUCCUCCCAGAGAUGUGCCUACUCCCAACUUGGAUGCCAGCCCACCUCUAUGCCCUGUGGUGUCACUGUCGCCAGGUCUACCUUCCCAUGAGCUACUGCUAUGCUGUGAGAUUGGCAGCGGAGGAAGACUCCCUGAUCCUCAGCCUCAGACAGGAGCUUUAUGUCCAUGACUAUGCCACCAUUAACUGGCCUGCUCAGAGGAACAGCGUGGCAGCAUGUGACAUGUACACACCACACAGCACACUGCUCACUGUCACCUACAUGAUAUUAAAUGUGUAUGAAGCCCACCACAGCACCACACUGAGAGGAAGGGCUGUCAAAGAGCUGUAUGAGCACAUCCAGGCUGACGACCGCUUCAGUAAAUGUAUCAGCAUUGGACCGAUCUCUAAGACUAUAAAUAUGCUGAUUCGUUGGUAUGUGGAUGGUCCCUCUUCUCCAGCCUUUCAGGAGCACGUGUCCAGGAUCCCGGACUACCUCUGGUCAGUCAGUCAGUCUCCAACAACUUGUCAACAAAACAAAUGCCAAAGCAGUCAUUGGUUGGGAUUGGAUGGCAUGAAAAUGCAGGGGACCAAUGGAUCUCAACUCUGGGAUACUAGCUUUGCUGUACAGGCUUUUCUUGAGGCAGGAGCCCAGAAUAACCCCAGACUGGCCAAGUGCCUCCAAGAUGCCCAUCAGUUUCUCAGAAUCACGCAGAUAGCCGAGAAUCCUCCUGAAUACCAGAAGUACUACAGACAGAUGAACAAGGGAGGCUUCCCCUUCAGUACCCGAGACUGUGGCUGGAUCGUGUCUGACUGCACAGCAGAAGGCCUGAAAUCAGUGAUGCUGUUGCAGGAGCUUUGCCCUUCCAUCAGCCAGCAUGUCACCUCUGAGAAGCUGUACGAUGCUGUCGACGUGCUUCUGAGCUUGAGAAACUCAGAUGGUGGAUUUGCUUCAUAUGAAACUAAGAGAGGUGGGAGACUCCUGGAGCUACUCAACCCCACUGAGGUGUUUGGUGACAUCAUGAUAGAUUACACCUAUGUGGAGUGUACCUCAGCAGUAAUGCAGGCUCUGAGGCACUUCCAGAAGGCCUACCCUGAACACCGUGCUGAGGAGAUCAGGUCCACUCUGAAAGAAGGACUGCAGUACUGCAGGAAAGUGCAGAGGCCUGACGGCUCCUGGGAAGGGUCCUGGGCUGUGUGCUUCACAUAUGGAAUAUGGUUUGGCCUUGAAGCCUUUGCUUGUAUGGGUCACGUCUACAAUAAUGGGGAUGUGUGUGUAGAGGUGCAGAAAGCCUGCCAGUUCCUGCUGGAUUGGCAGAUGCCAGAUGGUGGAUGGGGAGAGGACUUUGAGUCGUGCGUUCAGCGGCGCUACAUCCAGAGCAGUGCUCCUCAGAUCCACAACACCUGCUGGGCUUUGUUAGGCCUCAUGGCUGUCAGGCAUCCUGACACACAAGCUGUGGAGAAAGGUGUACAGCUGCUGAUUGAUAAGCAGCUGCCCAACGGAGACUGGCCACAGGGGAAUAUUGCGGGCGUUUUCAACAAGACCUGUGCCAUCAGCUACACCUCCUACAGAAACGUCUUCCCAGUGUGGACUCUUGGCCGCUUCUCGACACUUUACCCCAGCAGUCCACUAGCUGGGAAGCUCAAGCUGAAUGAAGACUCUUAAAAUACUUUAGAAGGGAAAAACUAUUCCAGCUGAAGAAAAACACGACAGCAGCCACAAAGUUCAGACAAUUCAUGGAAAGUGUAUUUUUAUAGGUGGCACCUGAGCUGUCUCAUUGGGGUAACAAGUGCUGAUGAACUGCAGUCAGCCUACAAACAAUGCAUCAUUUCUGUGUAGAAAUGAAAGCUACUCUGUUCAAUAAAAGAAAGAAAAGGAUGAUCAGUCAGGAUUUUUAAUAUGAGUUUUUGUGUCAGAAAAUGAAGGCGUGCUGCCAAACCAUUGGGCUCUGAUCAUGGUAACUGCCUUUGAAACACGCAGGACAGUGGUGCCUCUUCACAUUUAAACCUGUAUUCAGAGUGAGGAUAACACAUUUAUGCCACAGCACCUACACAUAACAGCACAAAAAGUUAUUUGCAAAUGCUGUAGAUUGCCAGAAUAAAUCAUCCACACUGCAAGCACCUACGCCUUGUCUGUCAGGUUUGCCCGGCUGCACCUGCCCUUCUCA